AUGGCCAAAGGGAUUGACACUUUGCAAUUCCUGAACUCGCGUUCGGGGAGGUUGUGUCCGACGGCCCUUCUUCGAACGCAGCAGUUGGGUCUAGUCAUAUUUCUCUACGCGACCCGGAACAUCAACAAUCAGCUGGGCACGAAGCUCCCAGCUGUCCCAGGCCGGUGGAUAGCCACGCCAGCGAACGAGGUAACCCUUCCGGACGCCAUUCACGUCGCGGUGGUUCAAGAUAUGCUCUACCAGAAAGCGUUGACCACCGAUUGA